AAGAAGAACCAUACGGCACAGAGGCAUUGUCCAAGCGGAGAAAGGGAUAACACGCGCAAUUUUACAGACACAAGGACACAUCUAAAGAUUUUAAUGUGGGCUCAUUGUGAGUUUGGAUUAUAGCAUUUUCUUUGGAAUUAUAACUUCUAGGAAAGACAGAAGAUGUUGCUAAAUAUAAAACAUAUAUUUUGGUUUAUCUGCAUAUGCCAAACAGCAACUGGACCUGUCUCUAGCACAUUAAUGGUGAUGGGUCCUGUCAGUGGAUUGUUAUCUGGGAAAGUGACCCUUCCAUGUCACUUCUCCAACAUUCCCACUGUUGCACCUAGCAACAUAGGAACAGAUUACCUGCGCAUCAAAUGGACCAAAAUUGAGGGAGAUGUGGAGUCAACUGUUCUCGUCGCCCAAAACGGUGUUAUUAAGAUUGGUUCAGGAUACCGGACUCGUGUUUCUGUGCCUAGUCACCCAGAAGACGUCGGGGAUGCUUCUUUAACAGUGGUAAAACUUCGGGCCAGUGAUGCUGGGACUUACCGCUGCGAAGUGAUGUUUGGAAUUGAGGACACACAAGAUACAGUCAGUUUAGAUGUUGAUGGCGUGGUGUUUCACUACCGGACUCAUUUUAGCAGAUACAGUCUGAACUAUGCAGAAGCUGUGCAGACCUGUAAGGAUAUUGGAGCCACCAUCGCAACAGCAGAACAACUGAAAGCAGCCAAUGAGGAUGGUUUUGACCAAUGCGAUGCUGGGUGGUUAGCAGAUCAAACAGUGAGAUAUCCAAUCACUAGACCAAGGCCUGGCUGCUUUGAUUUGCUUAAAAAACCGGGUGUCAGGUCAUAUGGUAAACGUGAGCCCACUGACACUUUUGAUGUGUACUGCUAUGUGGACAAGAUUGAGGGAAAUGUUUUCUUUGCCCCCACGAUGCGUAAGAUGACUUUUGAUGAGGCCAAGGCUGAGUGUGAAAGCAGGAAUGCUGUGCUGGCCUCUCCGGGUCAACUUCACGCUGCCUGGAGACAGGGUAUGGACCGAUGCGAUUAUGGGUGGCUCUCUGAUGGCAGUGCCCGUCAUCCUGUCUCUGUACCCAGACUUCAGUGUGGUGGUGGUCUGCUGGGUAUACGGACCAUGUAUCGCCACCAAAACCAAACAGGCUUCCCAGAUCCCAAUUUGAAGUUAGGAGCGUACUGUUUCAAAGGUUUUAAGUUUUUAUUCAACCAGUCCUCUUGGGUGGAUGUCAUGAUCAUUAAUGCUACCACAGCGGAGCCCACCCUCACUACAGAGACCACCGUCCAGACUCGUUCUCCUGAUACCGAUCUCUCUCAUGUGCCUGAAAUGUUUGCUUCAUCCCAGGAUGCUUCUGAUGAUGACCAGUCUUUUACAAAUGUUUCUGAUGGCCAGGCCCCAACAGAUGCCCCUUAUAUGUUUUCUACAAGCAUGGCACCACCAAAGACAAGCCCUCUUUCUAACAAUCUAGAAUCUUUCAAAACACCCACGGUCAGUGUCAAAUCAGAGGAAAGUUUCUCAUCAACACUUUCAGAUAUUGAUAUUAGUGAUUUUGAAACUCCGACCAUUGAUGAAGUAGUAAAAGUUCGUGGAGAUGUACUCCCCGAAGAAUCUACAACUGCUGUCACCGCUACCAAAGAAACCCUUAUGGAUAGAAAUACUAUUGAAGUGAGCACAAUUCUAUCUGACAUUCUGGUCUCAAGCUCUCCGAACACAAAGCCUUUGUUUGCGGUUGGGAAAACAGAGGAAGCUAUCCAAGUUGGAGUUACAGCCGACAGAGAUUCAGACUCUGAUGACACUGCAAUUUUCUCUACUGUAGAGCCAUUUGUGACCAGUAUCACCCCUGACUCCAGACUUCACACAGCAAAACUGUCACAAUACAGCACAGAACAAACUGUAGGAACAACCGGGCCAGUAACAGUAGUUAACACUGAUGAGUAUAGGAGCAAAAUCGAAUCACCUUCUUCCACACACUCAUCUUUUAUAAUGACAGAUACAGCUUUUUUUGAGAGUGCUAAGUCUACUGUGUUCACUGAGUAUGAUGACAAUAUCAACAUUGAAGGCAAUGUUAUGGCAGAACCCUCACCUCAUCUGUUCGCACAGACAUUCACCAACCAAGAAACUGAACCUACAGUGACCUCUAAUGGAUCUGAAGUUCCUGAGCGAACAGUGACAGGAACACAUUCGCUUACUGAUCAUGCACCAUCACACGAGGAAGCUACUUCAGAAACACCCAAUGAGACACUAACAGAGGCCAAGGACACCAUCACAGAGGCCAGGCAUCUUAAAUCAGUUAGUCAAAGUCUGGUGACUUUUGCAAAUGAGCUUCAAUCAACAGAGCACAUGGUCGAACCUGAGUUACCUGAAGAUAAUGAUUUCAUUUCCCCUCUACAUAUCAGUAUGACUCCAAAUCUGAGCUUUAUAAAUGGAAAUUAUGAGGUGACACUUCAGCCCAAAACUGAGGUGUUAGAAGUUAGAGGAGAUACAUUUGGAAGAGAGUCCCAUGUUAAACACAACUUGACCCAUACCAAAGAAGAGGAAACAACUUUUGAAUUUGAUAGUUCAUUAGUAGAAGCUGGCAAUACACCACAAGCAUCACCGGUUUCAGGACUGUACAUGGUUUCUCCAUUGUUCACCACAACCCUUGAUCCAGAAAAUAAAUUUGGCCAAGGAUCAACAGUAGUAGACUCUACUCCAGUAUCAUCUCCCUUGGCAAUCAGUGAGGAAGAGACUCUCAAAGUAAAAGGAACUAUUAUUCCAAGCAUUUCAUUCUCUACCGAAAAACACUUCUCUAUCAAAGAGACUUUGUUCUCCUCUGCACAGACAGAACAUGUAGAUGAGAAAUUAUAUGCGAGCAGUGUCCCAAGCACAGUUCCAUCAGAGAUAACAACAAAGACUGUGAUGUCACCAUCAAGUUAUGCAUCAGUUCAAUCAUCCACCGAAAUUGACAGUUCAGAGGCGACCUCUGAAAUGUUUAGUAGAAAAAUCACAACAACAAGUUCUUCAUUGUUCAACACAACCAAAUCAGACCAAGAAUUAACAAAAUCAGAAUCUGAUGCAACAGUUUCAGUCUCAAUACCUAGCUCAACAAGGGCUCAGACCCCAGACGAUCAGACAACUGAAACACAUACCAAACAGCCUUUUUCUACUCUAGACUCUACUCUCAAAGUGCAAAUCAUUGAACUCUUGAGCACAGGAAGCACAGUCAAAAGUCUAGAGGAAAUGUCUCCCAGUUCAGUUACAACAGGGACUGAGACAGAGGCAACAGAGUUAUCAGCGAAGCCAUCAGAGUCCACCAUUGUUGAUGUUUCAGAGAUUCUGUUUUCCUCUGCACAGACAGAACAAUUAGAUGAGAAAACAUCUGAAAGCACUGUGACAAGCACAGUUACAUCAGAAAUGAUGACAAAAACAGAUAUUCUAUUACCAUCAAGUUUUGCAUCAGCUUUAUCAUCCACAGAAAUGGACGGUUCGGGAGAUGCGACGUCUGAAAUGCUUAGUAAAGCGUUCACAACAACAAGUUCUUCAUUGUUCACCACAACCAAAUCAGACAAAGAUCUCACAGAUGCAGCAUCCAAUGCAACAGGUUCAGUAUCAAUGCCUAGCUCAACAAGGGCCCAGACUGCAGAUGAUCAGACAACUGAAACACAUACCAGGCAGCCUGCGUCCACAUUAGACUCUACUCUAACAGCAAGUACCUUUGAGUCAAUAAGGACAGAAAGCAGAGUCACAAGUCAAGAUGAUAAAAUAUCUUACAGUUCAAUUACCACAAGUACUGUUACAGAGGCAACAGGGCUUUUAGCAAAGCCAUCAGAGUCCACUAUUGAUGAUGUUUCAGAGACUCUGUCCUUCUCUCCACAGACAGAAAAUUAUGAUGAAAAAUUAUCUGAAAGCACAUCAGAGACAACAUCACAAGACAAGCUACUAUCAUCUAGUUUUACAUCAAUUCUAAUUUCAACAGAAAUUGACGGUUCAGGAGAUGCAACAUCUGAGAUGCUUAGUAAAGGGUUCACGACAACAAGUUCUUCAUUGUUCACCACAACCAAAUCAGACCAAGAACUCACAGAAGCAGCAUCGGAUGCAAAAGAUUUAGUCUCAAUGCCUAGCUCAACAAGUGAUCAGACAACAGACGAUCAGACAACUGAAACAUAUACUAGACAGCCUGUGUCCACACUAGACUCUACUCUCAAAGUGCAAACCAUUGAUCUCUUGAGCACAGGAAGCACAGUCAAAAGUCUAGAUGAAAUGUCUCCCAGUUCAGUUACAACAGGGACUGAGACAGAGGCAACAGAGUUAUCAGCAAAGACAUCAGAGUCCACCAUUGUUGAUGUUUCAGAGAUUAUGUUUUCCUCUGCAAAGACAGACCAAUUAGAUGAGAAAACAUCUGAAAGCACUGUGACAAGCACAGUUACAUCAGAAAUGAUGACAAAAACAGAUGUUCUAUUACCAUCAAGUUUUGCAUCAGCUUUAUCAUCCACAGAAAUGGACGGUUCAGGAGAUGCGACGUCUGAAAUGCUUAGUAAAGUGUUUACGACAACAAGUUCUUCAUUGUUCACCACAACCAAAUCAGACCAAGAACUCACAGAAGCAGCAUCGGAUGCAAAAGAUUUAGUCUCAAUGCCUAGCUCAACAAGUGAUCAGACAACAGACGAUCAGACAACUGAAACACAUACCAGGCAGCCUGCAUCCACAUUAGACUCUACUCUAACAGCAAGUACCUUUGAGUCAAUAAGGACAGAAAGCAGAGUCACAAGUCAAGAUGAUAAAAUAUCUUACAGUUCAAUUACCACAAGUACUGUUACAGAGGCAACAGGGCUUUUAGCAAAGCCAUCAGAGUCCACUAUUGAUGAUGUUUCAGAGACUCUGUCCUUCUCUCCACAGACAGAAAAUUAUGAUGAAAAAUUAUCUGAAAGCACAUCAGAGACAACAUCACAAGACAAGCUACUAUCAUCUAGUUUUACAUCAAUUCUAAUUUCAACAGAAAUUGACGGUUCAGGAGAUGCGACAUCUGAGAUGCUUAGUAAAGGGUUCACGACAACAAGUUCUUCAUUGUUCACCACAACCAAAUCAGACCAAGAACUCACAGAAGCAGCAUCGGAUGCAAAAGAUUUAGUCUCAAUGCCUAGCUCAACAAGUGAUCAGACAACAGACGAUCAGACAACUGAAACAUAUACUAGACAGCCUGUGUCCACACUAGACUCUACUCUCAAAGUGCAAACCAUUGAUCUCUUGAGCACAGGAAGCACAGUCAAAAGUCUAGAUGAAAUGUCUCCCAGUUCAGUUACAACAGGGACUGAGACAGAGGCAACAGAGUUAUCAGCAAAGACAUCAGAGUCCACCAUUGUUGAUGUUUCAGAGAUUAUGUUUUCCUCUGCAAAGACAGACCAAUUAGAUGAGAAAACAUCUGAAAGCACUGUGACAAGCACAGUUACAUCAGAAAUGAUGACAAAAACAGAUGUUCUAUUACCAUCAAGUUUUGCAUCAGCUUUAUCAUCCACAGAAAUGGACGGUUCAGGAGAUGCGACGUCUGAAAUGCUUAGUAAAGUGUUUACGACAACAAGUUCUUCAUUGUUCACCACAACCAAAUCAGACCAAGAACUCACAGAAGCAGCAUCGGAUGCAAAAGAUUUAGUCUCAAUGCCUAGCUCAACAAGUGAUCAGACAACAGACGAUCAGACAACUGAAACACAUACCAGACAGCCUGUGUCCACACAAGACUCUACUCUCAAAGUGCAAACCAUUGAACACUUGAGCACAGGUAGCACAGUCAAAAGUCUAGAUGAAAUGUCUCCCAGUUCAGUUACAACAGGGACUGAGACAGAGGCAACAGAUCUAUCAGCAAAGCCAUCAGAGUCCACCAUUGUGGAUGUUUCAAAGACUCUAUUUUCUUCUGCACAGACAGAACAUUUAGAUGAUAAAUCAUCUAAAAGUACUGUGACAAGCACUGUUACAUCGGAAAUGAUGACAAAAACAGAUGUUCUAUUACCAUCAAGUUUUGCAUCAGCUUUAUCAUCCACAGAAAUGGACGGUUCGGGAGAUGUGAUGUCUGAAAUGCUUAGUAAAGUGUUCACAACAUCAAGUUCUUCAUUGUUCACCACAACCAAAUCAGACAAAGAACUCACAGACGCAGCAUCCGAUGCAACAGGUUCACUAUCAAUGCCUAGCUCAACAAGUGCCCAGACUGCAGAUGAUCAGACAACUGAAACACAUACCAGACAGCCUGUGUCCACAUUAGACUCUACUCUAACAGCAAGUACCUUUGAGUCAAUAAGCACAGAAAGCACAAUCACAAGUCAAGAUGAUAAAAUAUCUCACAGUUCAAUUACCACAAGUACUGUUACAGAGGCAACAGAGCUUUUAGCAAAGCCAUCAGAGUCCACAAUUGCUGAUGUUUCAGAGACUCUGUCUUUCUCUCCACAGACAGAACAUUUUGAUGAAAAAUUAUCUGAAAGCACAUCAGAGACAACAUCACAAGACAAGCUAUUAUCAUCAAGUUUUACAUCAAUUCUAAUUUCAACAGAUAUUGACGGUUCGGGAGAUGCGACAUCUGAGAUGCUUAGUAAAGGGUUCACGACAACAAGUUCUUCAUUGUUCACCACAACCAAAUCAGUCCAAGAACUCACAGAAGCAGCAUCGGAUGCAAAAGAUUUAGUCUCAAUGCCUAGCUCAACAAGUGAUCAGACAACAGACGAUCAGACAACUGAAACACAUACCAGACAGCCUGUGUCCACACAAGACUCUACUCUCAAAGUGCAAACCAUUGAACACUUGAGCACAGGUAGCACAGUCAAAAGUCUAGAUGAAAUGUCUCCCAGUUCAGUUACAACAGGGACUGAGACAGAGGCAACAGAUCUAUCAGCAAAGCCAUCAGAGUCCACCAUUGUGGAUGUUUCAAAGACUCUAUUUUCUUCUGCACAGACAGAACAUUUAGAUGAUAAAUCAUCUAAAAGUACUGUGACAAGCACUGUUACAUCGGAAAUGAUGACAAAAACAGAUGUUCUAUUACCAUCAAGUUUUGCAUCAGCUUUAUCAUCCACAGAAAUGGACGGUUCGGGAGAUGUGACGUCUGAAAUGCUUAGUAAAGUGUUCACAACAUCAAGUUCUUCAUUGUUCACCACAACCAAAUCAGACAAAGAACUCACAGACGCAGCAUCCGAUGCAACAGGUUCACUAUCAAUGCCUAGCUCAACAAGUGCCCAGACUGCAGAUGAUCAGACAACUGAAACACAUACCAGACAGCCUGUGUCCACAUUAGACUCUACUCUAACAGCAAGUACCUUUGAGUCAAUAAGCACAGAAAGCACAAUCACAAGUCAAGAUGAUAAAAUAUCUCACAGUUUAAUUACCACAAGUACUGUUACAGAGGCAACAGAGCUUUUAGCAAAGCCAUCAGAGUCCACAAUUGCUGAUGUUUCAGAGACUCUGUCUUUCUCUCCACAGACAGAACAUUUUGAUGAAAAAUUAUCUGAAAGCACAUCAGAGACAACAUCACAAGACAAGCUAUUAUCAUCAAGUUUUACAUCAAUUCUAAUUUCAACAGAUAUUGACGGUUCGGGAGAUGCGACAUCUGAGAUGCUUAGUAAAGGGUUCACGACAACAAGUUCUUCAUUGUUCACCACAACCAAAUCAGACCAAGAACUCACAGAAGCAGCAUCGGAUGCAAAAGAUUUAGUCUCAAUGCCUAGCUCAACAAGUGAUCAGACAACAGACGAUCAGACAACUGAAACACAUACCAGACAGCCUGUGUCCACACAAGACUCUACUCUCAAAGUGCAAACCAUUGAACACUUGAGCACAGGUAGCACAGUCAAAAGUCUAGAUGAAAUGUCUCCCAGUUCAGUUACAACAGGGACUGAGACAGAGGCAACAGAUCUAUCAGCAAAGUCAUCAGAGUCCACCAUUGUUGAUGUUUCAGAGACUCUAUUUUCUUCUGCACAGACAGAACAUUUAGAUGAUAAAUCAUCUAAAAGUACUGUGACAAGCACUGUUACAUCGGAAAUGAUGACAAAAACAGAUGUUCUAUUACCAUCAAGUUUUGCAUCAGCUUUAUCAUCCACAGAAAUGGUCGGUUCGGGAGAUGCGACGUCUGAAAUGCUUAGUAAAGUGUUCACAACAUCAAGUUCUUCAUUGUUCACCACAACCAAAUCAGACAAAGAACUCACAGAUGCAGCAUCCAAUGCAACAGGUUCAGUAUCAAUGCCUAGCUCAACAAGUGCCCAGACUGCAGAUGAUCAGACAACUGAAACACAUACCAGACAGCCUGUGUCCACAUUAGACUCUACUCUAACAGCAAGUACCUUUGAGUCAAUAAGGACAGAAAGCACAAUCACAAGUCAAGAUGAUAAAAUAUUUCACAGUUCAAUUACCACAAGUUCUGUUACAGAGCCAACAGAGCUUUUAGCAAAGCCAUCAGAGUCCACCAUUGCUGAUGUUUCAGAGCCUCUGUCAUUCUCUCCACAGACAGAACACUUUGAUGAAAAAUUAUCUGAAAGCACAUCAGAGACAACAUCACAAGAGAAGCUAUUAUCAUCAAGUUUUACAUCAAUUCUAAUUUCAACAGAAAUUGACGGUUCAGGAGAUGCGACAUCUGAGAUGCUUAGUAAAGAGUUCACGACAAGAAGUUCUUCAUUGUUCACCACAACCAAAUCAGACCAAAAACUCACAGGAGCAGCAUCGGAUGCAAAAGAUUUAGUCUCAAUGCCUAUCUCAACAAGUGAUCAGACAACAGACGAUCAGACAACUGAAACACAUACCAGACAGCCUGUGUCCACACUAGACUCUACUCACAAAUUGCAAACCAUUGAACACUUGAGCACAGUCAAAAGUCUAGAUGAAAUGUCUCCCAGUUCAGUUACAACAGGGACUGAGACAGAGGCAACAGAGUUAUCAGCAAAGUCAUCAGAGUCCACCAUUGUUGAUGUUUCAGAGACUCUGUUUUCCUCUGCACAGACAGAACAAUUAGAUGAGAAAUCAUCUAAAAGCACUGUGACAAGCACAGUUACAUCAAAAAUUAUGACAAAAACAGAUGUUCUAUUACCAUCAAGUUUUGCAUCAGCUUUAUCAUCCACAGAAAUGGACGGUUCGGGAGAUGCGACUUCUGAAAUGCUUAGUAAAGUGUUUACAACAACAAGUUCUUCAUUGUUCACCACAACCAAAUCAGACAAAGAACUCACAGCUGCAGCAUCCGAUGCAACAGGUUUAGUAUCAAUGCCUAGCUCAACAAGUGCCCAGACUGCAGAUGAUCAGACAACUGAAACACAUACCAGGCAGCCUGUGUCCACACUAGACUCUACUUUAACAGCAAGUACCUUUGACUCAAUAAGCACAGAAAGCACAGUCACAAGUCAAGAUGAUAAAAUAUCUCACAGUUCAAUUACCACAAGUACUGUUACAGAGGCAACAGAGCUUUUAGCAAAGCCAUCAGAGUCCACCAUUGCUGAUGUUUCAGAGACUCUGUCCUUCUCUCCACAGACAGAACAUUUUGUUGAAAAAUUAUCUGAAAGCACAUCAGAAACAACAUCACAAGACAAGCUAUCAUCAUCAAGUGUUACAUCAGUUCUAUUAUCCACAGAAAUAGACGGUUCAGGAGAUGCUACAUCUGAGAUGCUGAGUUCUUCAUUGUUCACCACAACGAGAUCAGACCAAGAACUCACAGAAGCAGCAUCCGAUGCAACAGGUUCAGUCUUAAUGCCUAGCUCAACAAGUGAUCAGACAACAGAGGAUCAGACAACUGAAACAUAUACCAGACAGCCUGUGUCCACAAUAGACACUACUUUAACAGCAAGUACCUCUAAAUCAAUAAGCACAGGAAGCACAAUCACAAGUCAAGAUGAUGAAAUAUCUCACAGCUCAGUUACCACAGGCUCUCUGACAGAAGCAACAGAGCUUUCAGCAAAGCCAUCAGAGUCCACCAUUGUUGAUGUUUCAGAGAAUCUGUUCUCCUCUGCACAGACAGAACAUUUUGAUGAAAAAUUAUCUGAAAGCACAUCAGAGACAACAUCACAAGACAAGCUAUCAUCAUCAAGUUUUACAUCAAUUCUAAUUUCAACAGAAAUGGACGGUUCAGGAGAUGCGACCUUUGAGAUGCUUAGUAAAGGGUUCACAACAGCAAGUCCUUCAUUGUUCACCACAACCAAAUCACACAAAGAUCUCACAGAUGCAGCAUCCAUUGCAACAGGUUCAGUAUCAAUGCCUAGCUCAAUAAGUGCCCAGACUGCAGAUGAUCAGACAACUGAAACACAUACCAGGCAGCCUGUGUCCACACUAGACUCUACUCUAACAGCAAGUACCUCUGAGUCAAUAGGCACAGGAAGCACAAUGACAAGUCAAGAUGAUGAAAUAUCUCACAGCUCAGUUACCACAGGCUCUCUGACAGAAUCAACAAAGCUUUCAGCAAAGCCAUCAGAGUCCACUAUUGUUGAUGUUUCAGAGACUCUGUUCUCCUCUGCACAUAUAGACCCAUUAGAUUAUAAAUUAUCUGAAAGCACUGUCACAGGCACAAUUGCAUCAGAGGCAACAUCAAAAGAUAUGAUUUUAUCUUCCAGUUUUACAUCAGUUCUAUUAUCCACAGAAAUGGACGGUUCAGGAGAUGUGACGUCUGAGAUGCUUAGCAAAGGGUUCACAACAACAGAUUCUUUAUUGUUCACCACAACCAGAUCAGACCAAGAACUCACAGAUGCAGCAUCCGAUGCAACAGGUUCAGUAUCAGUGCCUAGCUCAACAAGUGCCCAGACUGCAAACGAUCAGACAACUGAAACACAUACCAGGCAGCCUGUGUCCACACUAGACUCUACUCUUACAGCAAGUACCUCUGAGCCAUUAAGCCUAGGAAGCACAGUCACAAGUCAAGAUGAUAAAAUAUCUUACAGCUUAUUUACCACAGGCUCAUUGACUGAAGCAACAGAGUUAUCAGCAAAGCCAUCAGAGUCCACCAUUGUUAAUGUUUCAGAGACUUUGUUCUCCUCUGAACAGACAGAACAAUUAGAUGAAACAUUAUCUAAAAGCACUGUCACAAGCACAGUUGCAUCAGAGGCAACAUCAAAAGAUAUGCUAUCAUCAUCAAGUUUUACAUCAGUUCUAUUCUCUACAGAAAUUGAUGGUUCAGGAGAUACGACGUCUGAGAUGCUUAGUAAAGGGUUUACGACAACAAGUUCUUCAUUGUUCACCACAACCAAAUCAGACAAAGAACUCACAGAUGCAGCAUUCGAUGCAACAGGUUCAGUAUCAAUGCCUAGCUCAACAAGUGCCAAGACUGCAGAAGAUCUGACAACUGAAACACUUACCAGGCAGCCUUUGUCCACACUAGAGUCUUCUCUAACAGCAAGUACCUCUGAGUCAAUAAGCACAGAAAGCACAGUCACAAGUCAAGAUGAUGAAAUAUCUCACGGCUCAGUUAUCACAGGCUCUCUGACUGAAGCAACAGAGUUAUCAGCAAAGCCAUCAGAGUCCUCCAUUGUUGAUGUUUCAGAGAUCCUGUCCUCCUCUGCACAGACAGAACAAUUAGAUGAUAAAUUAUCUAAAAGCACUGUCACAAGCACAGAUGCAUUAGAGAAAACAUCAAAGGAUAUGCUAUUAUCGAGUUUUACAUCAGCUUUAUCAUCCACAGAAGUGGACGGUUCAGGAGAUGCAACCUCUGAGAUGCUUAGCAAAGGGUUCACAACAACAAAUUCUUUGUUGUUUACCACAACCGAAUCAGACCAAGAACUCACAGAAACAACAUAUGAUGCAACAGGUAUAGUCUCAAUUCAAAGCUCAACAAGUGCUGAGACAACAGACGAUCAGACAACUGAAACAUAUACCAUGCAACCUGUGUCCAUACAAGACUCUACUCUAACAGCAAGUACAUCUGAGCCAUUAAGCCUAGGAAGCACAGUCACAAGGAAAGAUGAUGAAAUAUCUCACAGCUCAGUUGCCACAGGCUCUCUGACAGAAGCAACAGAGUUAUCAGCAAAGCCAUCAGAGUCCACCAUUGUUGAUGUUUCAGAGACUCUGUUCUCAUCUGAACAGACAGAACAAUUAGAUGAUAAAUUAUAUAAAAGCACAGUCACAAGCACAGUUGCAUCAGAGACAACAUCAAAAGAUGUGCUAUCAUCAUCAAGUUUUACAUCAGUUCUUUUCUCUACAGAAAUUGAUGGUUCAGGAGAUGCGACGUCUGAGAUGCUUAGUAAAGGGUUCACAACAACAAGUUCUUUAUUGUUCACCACAACCAAAUCAGACAAAGAAUUCAGAGAUGCAGCAUCAAUGCAACAGGUUCAGUAUCAAUGCCUAGCUAUCAGUGCCCAGACUGCAGAUGAUCAGACAACUGAAACACAUACCAGGCAGCCUGUGUCCACACAAGGCGCUACUCUAACAGCAGGUAUCUCUGAGUCAAUGAGCACAGGAAGCACAGUCACAAGUCAAGAUGAUAAAAUAUCUCACAGCUCAAUUACCACAAGUACUGUUACAGAGGCAACAGAGCUUUCAGCAAAGCCAUCAGAGUCCACCAUUGCUGAUGUUUCAGAGACUCUGUUCUUCUCUGCACAGACAGAACAUUUAGAUCAGAAAAUAUCUGAAAGCACUGUCACAAGUACAGAUGCAUCAGAGAUGAUGACAAAAGAAGAUGUGCUAUCACCAUCAAGUUUUGUAUCAGUUAAAUUAUCCACAGAAAUUGACGGUUCAGGAGAUGAGACUUCCGAUAUGUUCAGUAAAGUCUUCACAACAAGAAGUUCCUUAUUAGUCACAAUGCCCACAUCAGACCAAGAGCUCACAAAAUCAGCAUCUAAUGUAACAGAUAUAGUCUCAAUACUUAGCUCAGCAAGUGCUGGGACCCUAGCUGAUCAGACAACUGAAUCAGAGAAGAUGGCAACAAGUUUAACAUCCAUUUUGUCAUCCUCAGAAAUUGAUGGUUCAAAAGCAGUCACUCCCAGUCUAACAGUCACUUUAUCUCAUUUAAGCACAAGGAAAGUGUCAUCUGACAUAAGUGCAAGCAUGCACACAACUUUUGUAGAUGCAGAAGAUGGCACAACAGAUAUUGAGGGAUCAGGAGAUCAGUUUACACAGGUAUCCUCUGUCAUGCAUGUUUCAUCAUCAGAAAUGAAAACUCAGUCUUCUUCUCCUCCCACAGUACCUUUAACUAGUACUUCCAUUACAGUAAAACAUGACCUUGAUGCCACUCAACUAGAAGAUUUUGAUCAGGAAGACAGGGUAACAUUAUCAACUACAACAUAUGAUAAUUAUACUGUGGCCACUGAUGAGGCUGAAAUCAUUGAAGCUAACCACACAUUAAUUCCAGAGCAACGCUCCUCCCAUUCAACAUUGUCUACUACUAAAGCGACACUGCUGUCGAGCACAGUAGUUCAGACAGCAGUGACAGCCCUCUUUAAUGAAGGAAUUAGUGAAUUUACAGAUGAAAGUGAAGUAAAUGAUAAAGAUGGCUCUGGUGAUGAAAUAUCAACCAAAGUUCUUGAGGCAAUUCCUUUUCAAGCUACACCAUCAGAUUAUAUAACAUCUUCAACCACAUUCACCCAAACUGAGAAAACUAUUUUACAUUCAUCUCAACCUGCAACACCUGCUCCAAUAUUGUCAAGCACAUCUAAAGCUUUCUCUUUUUCAGACAGACAAAGUACCAUACAGUCAAUCACUGCAGAAAUUAACUUAGAGGGGUCAGCAUUUUUAACCACAGAUGAUGACCAAGAGUUUACGCCACCAGAUGAAUCUACUAGUGAGAUAUCAGAAACACCAACAACCAAAUCAUACGAAGAAUCUGUAAGAACCGAUGAAGCGGAAAUUUAUGAGACAAGUUCCUCUAGCGUUGAAUCUGUCACUGGUACUACAGAAAGUCAGUCAGCUUUAUCCCCAUCGCCCUCAUUCCUGAGCUCCACCCAGCCAACUAUAACAGUUUCAGCUUCAAUUUUAGAGGAUGGCAGUGGUGAUGUAACAGAGGGCGAUGAAGCAGAAGAUGAUGGCUCAGGUGUUGACACAACUCUUGCAACAUCAUUACCUUUGGUUUCAAGGUCAGUGGUGACAGAGACAACCAUUAGCCCAACAUCCUUCAGUAUAGCCAGCACUGGAGACGAAAAUACAAACAAAACUGUUUCACAUAAAACCAUCACACCUGAAAUGCAGAGACUUUCCUCAAGCACUCCGGUUUUAGGGCAAACAGAGUACAAACCUUCUGUUGGUUCUAUUACAGCCUCAAAUGCCACUAGUUUUACUGCUCCUAACACAUAUAUUACAUCUUCUGAUAUGGUAAGCAGCCUCACUGCAUUGCCUAUAUCAGUGACAUCCCAAGGUCCUGUGUCCAUCCCUAAGCCAUCAGUCUUCUACAAGGACAUUACUGACCAGCAAGUAACAGCUGUUACUCCAACAAGCACUGUCUUAAUAUUUACAGAUGAUGAAAAAGAGGAAGAUAAACUGUUUUCAACAGUAACAGAGAGUAUGAGAGAUCAUAGCAUCAAACUUGAUGUUAUCACCAAAGAUGACAUGAUCAUUGAUGCAGAUGAUGUGUCUAUUUCUGAGCUGUCUUCACCUUUUGCCCCGACAAUUAUUACAGAAGAAGCCGUCGGAGUUACAGAAAUUGUCAUAACGCCACAAACUUCAAGUAUAAUGAUAGAAGAAACAGAUGGUUCUGGAAUAGAGGGCACUGAGUUAAAUCAACUACAUGUGACAUAUCAAACAGGAGAGAUAUUGGUUAAACAAACAACAUCAACACCAGACAUCCUGCAGAGCAGUUCAGCAUAUGUAGAUGAGGAAGCCCAAGCAACACAAACUCCUGAGGCUACUAGUGCUGACUUACCUCAAUCUUUACAAGCUGGUCAAAUCUUCACAGAAUCCACAAAAGCUACAAUGGAAAUACAGACUAAGGAUUUAUCUGAAGCCAGUACAUCUACUGUGGAUUAUAGUGUAAAAACUUUAGGAUUAACCCCCAAGCCAUCUCAAGCAGCUACUUUAUACACAGAACAUUUUAAGACCACUGCUACUACAUAUACCAAAACAGCAGUCACAGCUGAUUUAAAAGUUGUAACAGAGGAACAGUUAGACAGCAAAGGUGUUGAUACCAUUGAACCCUCUACUGAUGAGACAAUUGGGGAGAGUGAAUUAGCAAGCACAGAUACAACCUCCACUUCUGGUAUUACAAAUCCAAUAUUUUCAUCCAUAGAUGAUGGCUCAGGUGACUUGUUUACAGAAGGUCUGACUAAUUUAACCCCUUUAACAGCAGCAGAGGAAGAUGUUGUGAUUCACUUAGCAACAACCCCUUUGCCUAAAACAAUAACAGUAACUGAUAGGGAGCCAUAUCAACAAGCUUUGUCUGAGAUGACAGUUACACAUGAGCCCCAGACAAAUAUCAGGACAGAUGAAGAAAUGCCACUGAUCUCAACGGUUAUACCAAAACCCCUUAUAUCUACAUCAAAGUUUGAUGACAGUACAGAGAUAGCAACUUUAACAAGAUCUCCUAACACUACACACAUACCAGUGGUAAGAGAUCAACCAACCAACACACCAGAUAGUUUAGAUUACACAAUGCUUUUCUCUGAGAAAAGGACAGAUGACGUAGAUUAUGGAACAGCUUCAGAACCUUAUAGUGUGGAGUCUAUACCGGAUUUCGUUCAAAAAACUGAAUCAACAACAAAACUAGACACCGAAAGUGAGACUAGUUUAGAUAACACACAACCAGAUGUCACACAUGCUCCAAGUUCUGCUGCAGAAAAAUUUCUGAAAGAAGAAAGAGUUGAAAAUACAACUCCAUCUAAACUAGACGCAGGUCACAUGACCACUGCACGACCUGAAUAUGAGGGUUCUGAAAUGUCCACUAGCUCUAAAAGCAACCUGGAGGAGGCUUCAGUCAUCAUGCCAUCAUCUGAAGAGGUUCAGACAGUGAUUAUGUCGACUGCAACAACUUCACCCUUGCUUUGGACAUCUGAGGAUUUAAGUAAGGAAAAUGCCUCAAGGAAACAGGAGGCAGCUGGUGAGAUCGAGGAUGCUUUAACUCCAACUGCUAAGAUUUCAUUUCAGUUGUCUGAAGAUUCUGAGGUUGAAGGUUCACCUUUUGACAUUCCAGGUGUUCACAGUUGUACUGAUAAUGUUUGCUUGAAUGGUGGCUCUUGUGUAAAAAUGGGUGGUGCUCAGAUCUGCAGCUGUCCAUCUGGAUACAGUGGGGAACGUUGUGAAAGAGAUUUUGAUGAAUGUCACUCAAAUCCGUGUCGUAAUGGUGGAACAUGUAUUGAUGGCCUGAACUCCUACACCUGCUUAUGUCUACCAAGUUAUACAGGAGCACUGUGUGAGCAAGACACGGAAACAUGCAGCUACGGCUGGCACAAGUUUCAGGGUCACUGCUACAAAUACUUUCCCAAUCGGCGUAAUUGGGAAACAGCAGAGCGUGAGUGUCGCAUCCAGGGGGCACACCUUGCAAGUGUACUGACACAUGAAGAGCAGCAGUAUAUCAACCGCCUUGGUCAUGAUUACCAAUGGAUUGGUCUGAAUGAUAAGAUGUUUGAGAAUGAUUUCCGGUGGACAGAUGGCAGUGUUGUGCAAUAUGAAAACUGGAGACCAAACCAGCCAGACAGUUUCUUCUCUUCUGGUGAAGACUGUGUGGUAAUGAUCUGGCAUGAGGACGGUCAGUGGAAUGACGUACCCUGCAACUACCACCUCACCUUCACCUGCAAGAAGGGCACAGUGUCUUGCAGUCAGCCACCUGUGGUCCAUAAUGCCCGCACAUUUGGACAGGCACGUCCAAGCUAUGAGAUCAAUUCCUUGAUCAGGUACCAUUGCAUAGAUGGUUUUAUCCAAAGACAUGUUCCCACAAUUCGCUGCAGAGGAGAUGGUUCGUGGGAUCUUCCCAGAAUUUCCUGCAUGAGUCCAUCCAACUUUCAAAGGAGUUAUGCAAGAAGACAUAACACAUACAGCCUUUAUCGCCAUCAAAAGAGAUCUAUAGAAACAUCUGCUGAUAUACCCUGACGACACCAUUACUAUGGUGCAUUACAUUAUCGGACACAAAAGUAGUUGGAAACCGAGCCCUCCCAGUAUAUUUUUGAUAGCUUAUGACGACGGACCUGCUUGCUAGGUGAAAUGAAAAUGAAAAGGACAACACAACAUUCAACAUAGAGUGGGAUAUCACUGGAAUCAAACAGUUUUCUAAAGAAAUGAUUUUUUUUUAAGCAUAAAGGACUCACAUUCAGCUGGCCUCUGAAAAAAAAGACUGUUUGAUCUACCUUCCAACUAAUUCUGUUUUUACUUGGAAACACACAGUGCCUUUAUAAUCCAAAAUCCACAUAUAAAUGAAACUGAUAAUAUCAUAAAUUGCAUCCGGUGGAAUGUUUUGAUAUCCUAAAAUGCAGUAUAUUUCAAUGCAUUUAAACACUUAAAUGACAAUGACAUGAAAAGCCAUGUAGAUUUUAUAUUAUUUAUUAUCUUAUCUGUUUGAUGUCUCUUUUAAGUGUUUACAAUGAAUAUCCUGUUUCACAUUAUUUAAAAUCCAACAGUUUUUAAAUCUAAAAACCAAAGAAUUUCAGUACCAAAAAUUACAGCAAAAUUUAGCCUUUGUUUUCCUUGGACGAUUUUAUACUACUUUGAAGAGAAUGUACUUUGUGAGAUGCUUAAAAGACUUGAACAAAUGCCUUUUUAACAUGAUGCCUAUAAUUUAUUUCUUUUGCUGCUCUCUGUCUUCUUGUUGCUUUACUCAUGUGCUGAGGAUAUACUGUAACUUAGCCAAACUGCACACUGUCAGAAUGAAUUAUGUUAGAACACAGUUUAUGUCACUCACUGUCUUUGAUGUGACUAGUAUAAUUGCAACUUACAUGUGAAAUAUGAAUAGUGUGAUGAAAUUUGGGGUGUAUCAGUGGACCAAAGGAAUAUUUACAUUAACAGCUUUGACUCUACAGUUUGUUGUGCUUCAUAACUUAUUAAUAAUGAUCAGCCAUUUGUUUAGGCCCAUGCAUUUGUUCUUUGAAAUUUUUGUUAGUUGUCUGUUUUGUUGUGAAACUGCACAUAUCUUUUUAUAUAUUUAUAUUAUAACUUUUUUUGUUAAACUUGAUUGUCUAUGAAAUGUGUCACCAUAAAUGCAAAGUUUAUUAAAUUUUGAAUUCUUUUCAGUUGUGAUAUGAAGCAACUUUGGGGGAAAGUUUUACACAGUGAUGCUUCUAGUUAACAAUACUUAUUUGUGGGCUGUGAUUCAUGUUUUGUAUUGAUCAUAUGAAAUUUAAUUAAUUUUUUACUGACAUAAAAUCUAUAUAAUGUAAAUAAUAUUCUAAAUAAAACACAAAUUCACAGCAAUUAAAUGCAGCGCACCAGCUCCAUUUUUAGUGAAUUUAUGCAAUUCUUCAGCUGUGCCAUUGCGGACCACCAGAUGGAGGAGUUUCACUAACAAAAGAACUCAAAAG